AAUUUAGUCACAUGACUAUACGUCACGGGUGGUAUAAAUACUGUCAGGAAAUUGUCACAUUAUUCCUGUCUGGCCGGAGAAUUUGACUUCAGCCUUUGUGCUAUCUUUCAGUUUUUCAGGUUCGUCGCUAGUCGGUUCACCAAAGCUCAGAAAUGGCACGUACGAAGCAGACCGCCCGUAAGUCAACUGGAGGUAAGGCUCCAAGGAAGCAGCUGGCCACCAAGGCCGCUCGUAAGAGUGCACCGUCCACGGGAGGCGUGAAGAAGCCCCAUCGUUACAGGCCCGGUACCGUCGCCCUUCGUGAGAUCCGUCGUUACCAGAAGUCCACCGAGCUGCUCAUCCGCAAGCUGCCCUUCCAGCGUCUGGUUCGUGAGAUCGCCCAGGACUUCAAGACGGAUCUCCGGUUUCAGAGCGCAGCCAUCGGCGCGUUACAGGAGGCUAGUGAAGCAUACCUGGUAGGUCUGUUUGAGGAUACCAACCUGUGCGCCAUCCACGCCAAACGUGUGACCAUCAUGCCCAAGGACAUUCAGCUGGCACGACGUAUCCGUGGCGAGCGGGCAUAGAAACAUCCCUUCCACCAUCAUCUGUAGAUAUCAGUGUUAGUGUGUCAUGUAGAUCAUUGAGCGGAGACAGGAACUCUUUACAAACUGUAGUUUUAGACCCAGAUCCAUAAUUUUUAUACCAUGGUGAUCAUGAAGCAUUUUGAACUUUGAAACGUGAUUGAGGUGCAAACUUUUUUAUUAUGUGUAUGUAUUUAGAGGACUCUUUCAAAUGAGCGCAUCCUGACACCUGCCAAAUGCUUAUGUCUCAGAAUGAGCUGAUUCUGAAUAAUUAAGUGUUGUAUAUGUAUUUACUGCCAAAGAAACCAUGGGUCUGUUGGAUGUUACUCUAUUAAAAGUUAACCCAUGGUUUCUUUGUCCUUCUAUAAGAUGACAUGUAUUCUGACGUCCUGUCAACUGUAUAUUGUACUUAGUGUGCACUAUUAGAUCUGUCAACUGUAUACUCUCGUCCACAUAAAGACGCGAAGUCAAGGAUUGCAGGUUAGAUUUCUAUGACAAUUUCCUGUGUGACACUGGCAGCUUUGAGACUACAACAAAAUCAGGUUUUACUACAUCAGCCUCCCACUAAGUGCUGAGGUACUGGUACCUUCUUGUCACUUCUGUGUUGUCUUUCGCAUCUGUGUAGAUGUCUGUAAUAAACAUAUUCACCUUCCACACUA